AGUGGCCCACUUGUACAAUGGCGUCCUAUCCAACAGUACUAUACGUGUACGGUAGACAAGCCGAAAAAAGAGACAAAACUCAAGGGUCUCAAGAGUUUUAUUGCCUAUUCACUCACUUCAACGCUUAGUCGAAUACAGGUUUCUCGACGAUACAAACAUUUUGAUUGGUUACAUGAUCAAAUGUCUGCAAAAUAUAUAAUGAUUGCCAUUCCACCAUUACCUGAGAAGCAGGUGUCAGGACGCUACGAAGACGAUCUCAUUGAUCACCGGAAACAUAUUUUGCAAUUAUGGGAUGAAUAUGUUGGUGGAAACUUUUUCAACUGUGUCACAUUCCCACAGUCUUCACUAGAUCUCAGCAAUGUCGAACGUCAAGUGGAUAAGUUCCAGCGGAGCGUGAAAACUACUGAAGACGCAAUGAGAGUAAUGCAAGAACGAUUAGGCAUAUUUCAGAAACUUUUCGUUGGACCUGUAAAAUCCAAUUGGCAAAAAAUGGCUCUAGCCUUUGUGACGUUGGCGCAGUCAUUCCACACUGAUGAUCAUCCAGGAAGUAACCGAAUGGUAGACGCUCUAAAGCAGACAGCCCAUCACUACCACCAAAUAGGUGACGAUUUUGAAGCACACUCGAAAAAUGAUAUGGAACCAGUCAUGGAAAGCCUUUAUUCAUUCAAAGGCACCAUACAAACAGCCCCAGACAUACUUCAUGUACAUAAGCAAGCAAUCCAAAAGUAUCGUGAAUGUGAAGGGAAACUGUCACAUGCAGAUGCGGAGCGCAUCAAGCGGCGUGUUGAUUCAACGAGUUACGCGGUUCUGGCAGAGAUGAACCAUUUAAAUACGGAAAAGGUGGGGAAUAUUUUUGUCAAAUUCAUGUGUCGUCUUCGCUCAGAACCUUACUUUGAAUUUUUCAUGUAAAA